CGAAACCGAAAUAUUUUGCACCACUGGAAGGAGGGAACGUUUUUCCUCAUUUUGGAUGCUCGACUGGAAACACUAUAGGAUGACGGCUUAAAAACAUACCACGAUUUGUAACGCCUCUGCAGACGUGUAGCAGAUUUAUCAACCGGCUUGGAGCGACUCCACACAGUUUGUAUCCACUAAUAUCACGAGCAAAAGAUUCCGCCUGGACGUGGGGCUAAACGUCGCCAAGUACCGACUCAAAGAUGAGCAGGAUUACACUUUGUUUCUGCGUCUUUGGGACCUUCACUUUCUUCAACCAAGAAAUGCUUCUCAUAGCAUCACAGGACAUUCUCAGUGGCCUAAAACUGCCAACAGCCACAAUCCUCAUUUGCCUAAUUGCACCUCUGAUGAUCAUAAAAAUUAUCGCGCCCUGGUUUAUUCAAAAAAUUCCUUACGUCGUAAGGGUGUCCUUCGUCGCUCUGUGCAUGACUCUGGCACUUGUUCUCAUCGUAUUCGUUGAAAAUAUCAAAGUAAAGCUGGUAGGAAUCGCGUUAAAUUCUUUGGCUACAGGGACUUCUGAAAUUACAUUUCUUGGCCUCACAUCGUUUUAUCCACGAACUUACAUAAGUGCUUUCGUGGCAGGCACUGGAAUGGCUUGUCUAGUCCCUCCACUUUACUACACAGGGAUCACAACAUGGACUUGCUGCGCACCGAAGACUGCCAUCAUGGCAGUGAUCCCGUUGCCUCUACUGCUCCUUGUGUUCUAUGCAAUUCUGGACAAGAGCUACAUCACAAACGGCUCCAACAGCAGACGCAAGGAGCGCAUCCAGGUGGAGUACACAAUUAUACCAUCCACCUCUGACAUCAAGGACCAAUUCGCGACUGACAUUCAAUCGUCCAUCUGUGGGGAAAAGCUGAGAAUCGGUGUGAAAAUUCUUCCGUACAUCAUUCCACUUCUACUGAGCUUCUUUGCAGAGUACCUGUCCAAUUCAUCCGUGAUUACCACGAUCGUCCCCAAUUCCAAAGUCCCUCCUCGCGAUCACUUCCUUUACUACCUCUUCUCCUAUGAAAUCGGCAAGUUCCUCGGGAGAAGCCAUCUGUUUAUACUCUCGUGCCUGCCGUCUGACUCCCUGGAGGUCUUGAGGUGCAAGAGGACAUGGGUGUUCGCGUUGAUUGAGCUAGCGCAUCUUAUUUUUUUCCUGUUAGAAUCCUGGUAUCAUUUCGUCUGGUACAUGUGGAUAGUAAUCUUCCUCUGCUUUACCCUUGGUCUGGUUGCUGGAAUGCUGGUCUUGCACUCGCCCCAUGCCGUCUCGGGUCAUGUUGCGCCCGAGGAGAAAGAGUUUGCCCUGGGACUGCUGACAGUCGGUAAUGCAGUCGGCGGAUUCGUGGCCGGGUUACUUGGCCUGGUUGUGGAGCCAUAUCUGCGAAAGAAAUGCCUCGUACAUUACUCAGCCAGCAAAGAGCUUUGUUUCACAAGAACUCAGAACACCACUGGAUGGGACAGUAAUAUACAUUGUUAAACGUUUCUCCGUUGCAAAUCUAUGAACUGUUGAGAAUAGUCGAAUGCCAAAUUUUACAGUAUGGUAAACUUUCAGAGCCCAGCUUAGCGAACUCGAACAGCUCAGAAAACGUUCCAUCUUAGCACCUUCCGUUGUCCCCAGUCCCACCCUCCUUCCCAGUGACGGAUACUUAAAUGCUCAAAGAGGAAGGUGGAAAGGGGGCCAAAGAAAGUUUUUUUUUGCUUAAAUAACAGGGGGGGGGGUUGGAGGAUGACGUGACGUCACAAUUUGACUAUCACUGGCACUAGGGCUUGCCACAAGUUGCUCGAGAUUUCCCAAAAAGUUUCCCGAAAUUUCUCAAAAAGUUGCUCAAAA